AUGACAAAGGAAUUUAAUUUAACAGAUUUAAAGUUUAUAAACGAUAAGAAGAAAAUAUUUAAAGGAAUUAGAUUAAAGAAGUUAAAUAAAGAAUUAAAGUAUUUUAAUCUAAGUAAAAUUAGCUGUGAAGCACCUUUUAAACUAUGUGAUGUUACUGGACUUAAAGGUAAUUAUACGAUGCCUAAAACAUUCCUCAGGUACCAUGAUGCUGAUAUAUUUCUCUAUAUAAAAGAAUUAGAUCAACCGAUUUUAGAUUGGUAUUUAAAUUUUAAUUUCUAUGAGAGGAUUUUCGAGUAA